GUUCACAUUCAAUUGCUCUCUUUUUUUUCUUUUACCGAAAAAACUGGUUCGUGUCAUUAUAAUCGUUACUUAGUUCCGCAGUUUUGUGCAUAAUUUUAUUUUGAUUUGACCAAGGCAGAGAGAAAGAUGUCGACUGGUACUUCUCUCGAGGAUUUUAACAACGAGAAUGUUGAUUUGGAGAAAAUCCCAAUUGAAGAAGUUUUCAAGGAGUUGCAAUGCAGCAGAGAAGGUUUAUCUGGAGCAGAAGGAGAAAGAAGACUCAAGAUCUUUGGACCUAACAAACUCGAAGAGAAGAAGGAGGAACACAUAACCCUCAGGUUCUUCGGUUUACUGUUUAAGCCUUUAUCUUGGGUCAUAGUAGCAGCUGCAAUCAUGGCUAUUGUGUUGGCUAACGCCGAUGGAAGACUACCGGGUUGGCAAGUAUUUGUCGGUAUUGUAUGUCUUUUGGUGUUCAACACAAUACUCUGCUAUCUUGAAGAAGACAAUGCCGGAAGUGCUGUUGCUGUUGUUAUGGCUGGUCUUUCUCCCAAAACAAAGGUUUUGAGAGAUGGAAAAUGGUCAGAGCAAGAAGCUUCAAUUCUUGUUCCUGGAGAUAUUGUAAGCAUCAAGCUCGGUGACAUCAUUCCUUGUGAUGCACGUCUUCUCGAAGGCGAUGCUUUAAAAGUUGAUGAAUCUGCUCUUACCGGAGAAUACCUUCCCAGCACAAAAUGUCCAGGAGAAGAAGUUUUUUCCGGUUCUACCUGCAAGCAAGGUGAGAUUGAAGCGGUUGUGAUCGCUGCUGGAGUCCACACACUUUUCAGUAAAGCGGUGCAUGCGCAUCUUGUUGACAGUACAACAAAUCAAGUUGGAUAUUUCAAGAAAUUUGUAAACGCAAUAGGAAACUUCUGCAUAAUCUCUAUAGCCAUCGGUAUUUCGAUUGAGCUCAUUGUGAUGUACUCGAUCCAGCGCAGAAACUUCAGAGACGGAAUUUACAAUCUUCUGGUUCUUUUGAUUGGUGGGAUCCCCCUUGCAAUGCCUACUGUUCUAUCUGUGACAAUGGCUAUUGGGUCCCUUACGUUGUAUCGACAAGGAGCUAUCACGAAACGAAUGACCGCCAUUGAAAAGAUGGCCGGUAUGGAUGUUCUGUGCAGCGAUAAAACCGGGACUCUGACUCUCAACAAGCUUAGUGUUGACAAGAAUCUGAUUGAAGUUUUUGCUAAAGACUUUGAGAAAGAACAACUUUUGCUUUUAGCUGCGAGAGCUUCAAGAACAGAGAAUCAAGAUGCUAUUGAUACUGCUAUGGUUGGAUCUCUUGCUGAUCCAAAAGAGGCAAGAGCUGGAAUUAGAGAAGUACACUUCUUUCCAUUCAAUCCAGUUGAUAAGCGAACCGCUUUAACUUAUAUCGAUGGCAACGGAAACUGGCAUCGAGUAAGCAAAGGAGCUCCAGAGAAGAUUCUUGAUCUUUGCAACGCAAGAGCUGAUCUGAGGAAUAGUGUCCACUCUGCAAUCGAAAAAUACGCUGAGCGUGGACUCAGGUCAUUAGCUGUUGCAAGACAGAAUGUACCUGAGAAAACAAAAGAAAGCUCUGGUGAUCCAUGGGAAUUUGUUGGUGUAUUGCCAUUGUUUGAUCCUCCAAGACAUGAUAGUACAGAAACCAUUAAAAGAGCUUUAGACCUCGGUGUCAACGUGAAGAUGAUUACCGAUGAUCAACUUGCUAUUGCAAAAGAAACUGGACGUAGACUUGGUAUGGGAACAAAUAUGUACCCAAUCACAUCAUUACUCGGUAACCACAAAGACGAUAUCAUCACUCACCAUCCUGUUGAUGAGUCGAUUGCGAUAGCUGAUGGCUUUUCUGGUGUCUUCCCAGGUUUGUUCAAUAGCAUUUUUCCAUAUCUUGGUUCCGAAAUACAUAUUUGCUCUCUCUCUGUAACACUGUUUUUUUUUUUUGGUUACCAAAUUUAUUCAGAGCACAAAUACCAUAUUGUGAAGAAGUUGCAAGAGAUGGGGCAUAUUUGUGGUAUGAUUGGUGAUCGAGUGGAUGACACUCCUGCAUUAAAGAAAGCGGAUAUUGGUAUCGCUUUUGCGGAUGCUACUGAAGCUGUAAGAGCUGCUUCUGAUAUCGUUCUGACUGAGCCUGGACUCAGUGUUAUCAUCAACGCGGUUCUAACUAGUCGAGCCACUUUGCAACAAAUGAAAUACUACACAAUUUACGCAGUCUCAAUAACCAUCCGUGUUGUGCUCGGGUUCAUGUUCAUCGCGUUAAUAUGGAAGUUCGACUUUUCACCAAUCAUGGUUUUGGUCAUUGCUUUCUUAAACGAUGGAGCCAUCAUGACUAUCACAAAGGACAAAGUCACCAAUCCUUCUCCUACACCAGUUAGCUUGAAACUCAAAGAGAUCUUCGCAACCGGCGUUGUUUUUGGAAGCUACAUGGCUUUAAUAACUGUUGUAUUCUUUUGGGCUGCAUAUAGAACCGAUUUCUUCGCGAGAACGUUCCACGUGAGAGACUUGAGAGGCAAUGAAGCGGAGAUGAUGUCUGCUUUAUACUUACAAGUCAGUAUUAUGAGCCAAGCUCUUUUCUUCGUCAUUCGAUCGAGAAGCUGGUUUUUUGUCGAACGACCUGGAGUGUUCUUGCUUCUUUCUUUCAUGCUAUCACAAUGUCUUGCAACAAUAAUCGCGGUUUACACAAGUUGGGAAACUGCGAAAAUCGAAGGAAUAGGAUGGGGUUGGGCUGGAGUCAUUUGGCUCUACAACAUCAUCUUCUUUUUUCCAUUGGACAUAUUGAAAUUCGCAAUCCGUUACAUGCUAACAGGAAAAGAUUGGCAAUAUCUCAUUGACAACAAGGUACACUUAGUUUUGAACUAUUAUAAACUCAGCUGGGGAAUCAUCACCAAUCCAUCUUGCAUCAUUGAUCGGGUGAUAGAUGGUAAAGACGACCAUACUUACUCACUCUUGGAAGAUUCAACUCCAUCCCACGGCUGAGAGGGCGUUGCGCGGAUUUAAUACCAUAUUGUGUUCUAGUUAGUUUUAUUCUUUAUUUUGAAGUAUUUGUUUUUGCCUUUUUGGUGUAAUUUUGUUUAGUUUUUUCAUUUUUUUUUUUGUUUUUGUUUAGAAAAUUUUAGUUAAAUAGAAAUUAGAAUUUGUAAUUCUACUGGCAGGUUUAUUACUAUGUCGUCUUCUAAAUUUUUUUUUUUUAAGUGUUUGCUUAAAUUAUUUAUAGAGAAA